AUGGAGCACAUCCUCGAGCAAACGGGUCCAUGGCAUUAUCCCAUUCUGAUCAUCAAUGCCUUCGGAGGUUUCGGUUAUCCGUGGCGGAUCAUGUCCAAUCAGUUCACCUCACCGAAAAAUCUCGACUACUGGUGCGCUCGGCCGAACAGCUCGAUAUCGGUGGAUGAAUGGAGAGCCAUGAAUUCAGGAGUUGAUCUCAAGUGCAACGUGCUAGAUGUUGUCCAGAACGUCAGUGUCCCCUGUAAUGCAUGGGAAUACGACCACAGUUACCAUCGAAGGACCCUCAUCGAAGAGUGGGACGCCGUGUGUGGUAGGGAAUGGCAACCGGAUACCUCUCAAAGUAUCAUGAUGUUAGGUAUGUUAGGGUCGGUUCUCGUGUCCAUGGUUUCCGACUGGUACGGGAGGAGACGCUGCAUUCUGAUCGCGCACACUCUGUCGCUCAUCACGGGCCUGGCUGCGGCCUUCACCACUUCGUUCUGGGCAUAUUCUCUCUUCCGCUUCCUCACUUCCGCGGUAGUGGCGAGUACCUAUACACUCGCGAUCGAGUCGGUUGGCGCUCAAAAGCGCGCCAUGGUCGCCAUGAGCGGAGAGUUCGGGUGGUUCAUCGGAUUGAUUAUGUAUCCUGUGAUCACCUAUAACAUCAGAGAUUGGAGGUACCUCCAAGUCCUAAGUGCUCUACCGGAUGUGCUCUUCGUGGUGUGGGUCUGGUUCCUUGAUGAGUCUCCGCGAUGGCUCGUCUCUAUGAAACGAUACGAUGAAGCCGCAGUGAUCCUGAAGAAAAUCGUCGACAAAAAUGGCUUGCAGAAAAUCGACGUCGAUGCCGCCAUAGAGGAAGCGCGAAAAAAAUUCGAAGCAGAGGAGAAAAACCGUGCGGAUAGGACGCGGGGGUCCAUAAUUGAUCUUUUCAGGGGCUUCAAAAUAGCUCGUCUAACCGUUGCAUGUCUCAUAAAUUACUGCACAGUCGUUUUCAUCUACUAUCAUCUGAUGUACUACACCGUGGAGAUCGGAACGAAUCCCUACUUCAACUUGAUCUUCAUGGCUUUGAGUGAAGCUCCAAUAAGUCUCGUUUCGUAUUUCGUCGUCAAAUACUGCAGACGUAACCCAGUCUACCCUAUAACGUACAUGGCGAUCAUCGUGUCCCUGUGUGCCCUGGUGUUUCCACCUGAGAGCGCAACCGGGAUCCGCAUGACGCUCACAUCGAUUGCGAAGCUUUCUGGACAGGUGACCUGGAGCGUUCUUUACGUACAAAUCAGCGAGUGUUAUCCGACCCACGUGCGAUCAUUGAUCAGUGGCGUGGUUCAUACUGGUUCACGAAUCAGCGCAGUCGUCGCACCCCUACUCCAAACUCUUGGAAAAAUGACGUACGACUGGGUACCGAUAGCCAUAAACGUCUCGCUCUGCGCUCUCGGCUUGUCAUUUUCUUUCGUUUUUCCGGAAACGCACGGAAGAGUCCUCCCGGAUACGUUUGAAGAAUGCAAGAUUCUCCUGAGAGGGAAAGGGAGAAAAAUAGAAGACGAGACGACAGAAGGAGCUGAGAAAGUGGAGCUCUGAGGUCCGCGAUCAGAACCUCGUUCUAUUUCGGGAUCGUGACGAACAACACAGCGCCACGUAUGACCAGGUUGGAGGAAGGGAGAUCGAUGAAGUCACAACUCUGCGGGGGAGCGAAGUUCUCACCGGGCUCUCCCCUGCUCUGCAGCUCCGAGACCGAGCUGCGUCGCGUCUUCACCUCAUAGAUUUAGGGCCGAUCCUGCUUGAAGUCGAUGUUAUCUCCAACUGACGCAUAAAACGCUGCCUGAGAC